AUGAGCCUAUAGACGCCAUGUUUGAUGUUGAGGGCAUCGACAUGCCUACUUUCGGUCUGUGUUGGACUCGUCGCAAGAGACGCUUUGCUAGUGAUCAGACCAGGAAGGCAUACACAGCAUUGAACGAGCAGUUCAAUGCGUACACCGGGGUAAUCUGGCAGCCCUACACGGAAGCAGCCAUACAAGCGAGAUACCCUGCUGGUAUGUCUGUGCUAUGCACAAGGGACCGAGAUUACUGGAUGACAAAAUCGAAGAUCAUCUUCGAUGUCUUCGUCGAGGAGAUGGCACAACAGAGGGUUAUGAGGCAAUUUGGUCUUCUGCAGUUGGAGCUACCUCCCCCUAUAGAGAACCCGGUGCCAGCACACAUCCACAGGACGACAAGGAAGGGCAUGAACAGGACAACUGCUGAAUGGCUAGCUAGACUAGAGCCGUAUGUUAUAGAAUGGGAGACAGCAAACACAAAUCUAUGGCACGAGAAUCACAAUUUCGAUCUCGAUGAAUUCAAUCUCUAUUUGCGGCGCUACAUGACCGGAACACGGUUACGCAUUGUUGAGUACUCCCACCCAGAGGAGUUACCGGAUCCUACUCCGUCGGAUAUGUACCCGAGCUAUGAUACUUCGGGCUCUAGGCAGUACGCGGCUACCUUGACACGCGAACUGUAUGACGACGUGACCACCUUUGGACGAUCACUAUCGUCUGAACCUCUUCUUCAACAUCGUCCAGUGGUACAGCCCUUCUUGGAAAGAAUUCAGAAUAAGAUACGGACUGUGUACGAGGCUAUCACGUGCACCCGGAGAACCGAUGUUGUUCAGCACGAGCAGGAGCAGCCGCGUCACUCCAUGCAACGACAUCAACCACGUCCACGCCUAGCACAGCAGCCGACAACCAGGCCACCCCGUCCUGACCAACCUGGCAGUUCUACGUGGCACCCGCAGCACUAUGGUCCCACGUCAAGCUUCGUGUUUUCUCCACAGCCACAACAACACGGUCCCUCGUCGAGCUUCGUGUUUUCUCCACAGCCACAGCAGCACGGUCCCUCGUCCAGUUUCGUGUUUCAGCCAGAGCAGACGUCACACCCAGCAGGGGCCUAUGGAUAUCAGGCGUCUAUGUCGGCAUCACAUGAUACGUGGGGGAGUGAUCAACAUCCCGAGGACAACAUACAGGCUCAGAUGUCGCAGCACACCCAGUGGAUGAACAUGUUUUCGACUCCUCCACCAGGCCCCACACAGGAUACACAGCAUGACCAGGGAGAGUCUGAGAUUCCUCCUCGUCACGUUAGGGCACCCGACAGGUUGGGAUGGUCCCCGAUUCCAGAUCCGCCUCCCCGCCAGGCCAGACGUCGUCACUGACGCUUCUAUGUAUCUGUAUCAGUAGAGACAUUACCAUCUAUUUCUGUGUAAGACUUAUGUCUAUUCUAUGUAUGAGACAAAUGACUAUGUACUUAUGUACGAGACAUAUGCCUACUCUAUUUUAGUACUCUGUUAUCGGAACUACAAGAUCAUAUGUAGAUAGAACAUAAUAUUCAUACAACGAGACAUUGCAAGCAAAUAGAUAGAACUAUAUCUAAAUUAAAUGGUACGUAACUGAACUCACAACAUACAGCAUAAAAACUACAUGAAGUCAUCAUCGUCAUAUGUUCGCGCCAACUUUUUCCCGCCAUA